AUGUAUAGGUUUCAAGAGGCUGUAAGGUCUGUGAUUGGGGCCCUAAGGUUCGAGCCAGAAGAUGAUUUUUCCAGCUCAGGUAGAUUUUCAAUAAAGGAUUUUUUAGAAGCAGGGGAUUCAUUGGUAAAUUUGGACAUUGGCUGGGAAUGGAUGUGUGCGAAAGAAAGUUUCGAAAUAGAUUAUUUGCCCUUAGAAAAACAUUACUUAUCCAAAAAUAAUAUAAAACCAAUCAAAUUCCAUGAACAACCCGAUAAUCUAAAAAUAUUUUCUGAUGCGGAUUCGAAGGAAUUGUCUACCUAUGAGAAUGAAUCGGAGGCAGAUGGAGAUUUUUUGAUGGUGAAGCAACCAAUGGAAAUAAGUACUUUGUGGACAAUUUUGGAUGAUUCUAGCAUAUUGGAAACAGACACGUCUUCCCCUUCUGGUUUAUACCGUCUAAGCAUCACCUAUGACAGAUUCUAUCAAACCUGCAGGGUGUGGGUAGAGAAGCAAAAUGACGUUAACAAUGAUUUUAAUGUACUGAAAGAUUUGCUGGAUCAUAUUAAAAAAGGGGGAGGUCCUAUUGAAGGCAUUUCACUAGCUAUACACCCAUUUACCAAUGAAUUUGCAAUAUCGUUACAUCCCUGCCAGCAAGUGGAUUAUGUGCAACGAUUUAUCGAAACACGAUCAAACACGGAUAAGAUAAGUCCCAUCGAAGGAAUGUUAUUCUGCAUAAAUCUAGUACUUGCAUCGCUACCCAUUACUAGUAUUUAA